CUUUUUAAGUGAUUAAGAAGUCCUCCUUAUAUUUCCACAGUGAUUGAUUAUAUUAUUUUAUUCCAUCUUCUAAGAUUUUCAUCAGCUGUUGAACGAUAUUACAAGAUGUAUAUUGUACGAACGAAUAUGGAAAGGGGAGUUAGUGGGCCCCUACUCGGAUAUCCAGUUAUGCAAACAACAUUGUGGCCCGAUGAGUUAAACGGAGUUUUACCGUAAUGAAUUAAUAAUAAUGAAUUGAUUCAGGUUGAUAAGUACAUACUGAACUUGAUCCGUCACUAAUAUACACGUGCAAGUUGUGGGUUGCAAACGGUGAUGGUGGGGAUUGCGACGAGGAGGUCACUAAGAAGAGAAGGGAUACGUUGUGCGGCAGUCGCUGGCGCGUCCGCGUAAGAAUAGGAUGUGAUAGUGUCGUUGUGUGCGACCAAGUAGUGCCGAACUAUCGGAGCGAACCUGUUCUGUUCUUUUUAUCUUAUCGUAUCCGAUUCUAUCGUUGUGUAAACAUAGAGAGAAAGCACUAUUGUAAACUUUUAUCGUAACUCGACGGGUCUUGUCAAAUUCAAGUGGAAAUAGUGUACACUGAGCUGUCAAAGAAUGCGAGGAGAAAGGAGAAGCUCGAUUGUAAAAUGUGAGAGUUCAGUGUGUGUGCCACGUUGUGUGUGAAUGUUGCGCGUCUAAACUAUAUCGUGGCAGUGUGUGUACGUGGAUGUAUCGUGGGCACAGCAGUGAACUUUUUUCAAACGUGGAAAGGAGGAGAGACGUGGAGAGAGAUCAUGACAGUGGCAACGGUCAUCGGCCAGGUGGGUCUCUGACCCCACUGGACGAUAAAGAAGCUUGAGUUUAAACAGUGUUGUAUACUGGAUUAUUUUGCGUCGCUUCGUGAAAAGGAGUGGAAUCGUGAAUCGUUCCUCGGACUCGUCUUGGAUGCGUCUCAAGAAUUGAAGAAGCGGAGCUAAUCGACAGUGAUCGAAAUUAUAAAACCCGAUUUGUCCCAACUACUCAUUGCUAAUCACGUGACUCGGAAGCGGUGAUUCAACCGUGCAGAAGUGCUUCGCGCUGAGCUGUCUUUAUUUGCCAGUAUCAUUGGUAUAAUGCACAAAGAGAAUAUUGGUAGUCCUUCGAAUCAGUGUCUAAUGUAUCGUCGAGCCAUCGAAAAUGAAGAACCGUCUACAAAUUUCACAACGGACACGAAUCAUGUGGCGCAACUUCUACGUUCCUGGGCGGUUUGGUUGAAGAGUAGCAGCGAGUCGGAGAAGUUCCCGAUCGAGAUGGAGGUGAAGCCCAUACCGAAACCCAGGUCGAUGCUGACCGAACGACCCGUACCCGCCCCGAGGAAGUUGCCACCCGCCCUUCCAGCGACUAGAUGGCACAGUCACAGCGAAUCUUCUCAGUCAGAAAAGAGCGACGACUCGAAAUCGACACCGGACUCGCGCAGCUCCACGAACAACGAAUUCUUUCGCAACCUGAGCACCAGCUCCCGUCAGCUGAAGGAUGAGAUCUCGGAGAAGAUGACGAUCAAGGGUCGGGCGGUGAUAUCGAGCACCAUAAACGCCAGCAUACGGCUGGAGAAAUCGGUGAAGAAUCUUCUCACGAGAAGAUUGACCACCAUGAACCAGGACGAGCUCCUGCGAGAUUCGGCCGACAAGAAACUGAAGAGUCCCACGCAGGACGACAGAUGCGUUUCAUUGCCAGUGGACGAUAUUUUCAGCAACAUCUCCUUCUAUAGCCCGUUGAACAGCAAUUUGAGGAGCGUCAGAAACGAGGAGGAUCUUUCCGGGAUGCGAUACAGUCCGCCGCCUCCUGUCUAUCCUCCUCCUCCGCUUCCUGACGAGUCUAUCUAUGACGAACUGCAGUCUGUUACGUCCGGCAGCAGUCGAUACGACACUAUCUCUGACAAAGUCGAAAGGGAUUUUCCAGACUCCUUCGAUCUUGCCAAUUUAGUACUCAAUCAGACCAGCGACUCCGAUCAGAGUUUAAACCUCUCCGACGUGAACGUGGCCGUCCCGUACGACAAGUCCGACAGCAUCAAAAGGUUUUCGAUAUCCGACUCCUGGACGUACUACGACACAGCGCCAGGAAGUAAAUCCGAAGGAGUGGAUGACUUGGACAGGAUAUCCAGCGCGGAGGAAGAUAUCCUGGAGCACGAUGUGCCUCUUCUCGACAGAGUCUCCUCAGCAUCCAACGAUAGUCAAGCAUCCAUUCAGAAUUCCUUGUACGAAAAUCUAUCGACCCGGAAGGAAGAGAAAGAAACUAUACCCGCUGAAAAUAGACAGCAAACCAGCAAGUCUUUAUUGUUCGAGUUUGAUCCUCUCUCGAGAGCUCCUGAAGAGAACGUGUACAGUAACAACGACGAUCUGAUGUUGCUGGAGGCUCUGUUGUCUACGAACGAUUCGCCGAGUAGUUCUGGGAGUAUUCUGGACUUCCAGGAAGUGGUCGAGAACGAGGAGGAACACGAAGAGGUGGAGAACGAGCAUCCACGAAUCUUGGCUGUGCCACCAGAACCGCCGAAGAGGUUCGAUUCGUUGCCGAAGAGCGAGUGCGAGACGGAGGCUACUGACAAGAGCGCUACUGGUAAAAAUCCUGCUCUGCUACCGAAACUCGCUCAUUUGGUGACGAGGAAACAACCUGCAGUACCUCCAAGAAAAUCGGCGAAACAUCGUUCCAAUGCUGUGAACACUGCUUUGAAAACUGAGGCGACUACUAGCAAUGCAAGUACACCAGCUCCACCAACACCCACUACACCGAACACGCCUGAAGAAACAAGUCCUUCAACAGCAAAAGCAACAGAAGAACACAGACGCGUGGGUAUGAUACAGAAAUUGAAAAAACUGAGGCACGAAUCAUCGUCUCAUGGUAUCAAACCGAACGUGAUCAGUUUCGUGAAGAGUGGCAGUAAAUUAUUGUCCAGGAAUCGCGAUCAUAGCGGAGCUAUACCGAGCGCUAAAUUGGCGAAAUUGGAAAGGCCAAAGGUGGCCGGAUUACAGAAUCCUGCGACACACAGAGGAAUCGUUUACAGGAGCGGAGUCGGUAUGGAGAGGGCGAAGGACCUGGUGCCAAGGGCACUGGUAUUGGCGGACCAGAAGCUCUCGUUUUAUACGGAUAAGGGCAUGUCUACUCUCAAGGAGGUCAUUCAACUCGACACAGUGUACAGCAUUCAUCUUCUACAGGACGUAAAGGUAGUCGAUGGCGAAACAGUACAUUGCAUAGCAAUUAGCUGCGAAGGAAGACCGAGUGUUCACGUGUUCUACGCUAAAGGUAUCAUCGAACGUAGAGUUUGGGCACAGAGAAUAUUGGAAGCGAUUACUUGCGUCUUUCCCACGAAGUACACGACAGAGCUGACGAGAACGGGAUGGGCUUACUUGAAGGAAGGCGUCACAGGUACAUGGUUUCCGGCCUGGGUUCUUCUGCAUCAAAGAACUUUAAUUUACACGAAAUCUCUAGAUCCCUUCAUGGCCAUAAAUUUCGGAGAAUUGGAUCUUCGAAAAGCACGAUGCAUUGUUUUGCGAGAACAGGAAGGACCAAAUCCCGGAAACGGUUCCAUUCCAGUAGUGGUUGUGGACGCAGGAGGUAGCGGAGCCUUGCACGUGGCUGCACCAGGAAUUCACGAAGGAUCUGCAUGGAGACACGCUAUUUAUCAAGCGGCUACCAAUUGUGCUCCCGCCUUGGAACAACAACAACUCACGCAGGACAACGUACCUGUGAUUCUCGACAAGUGCAUUAAUUUCAUUUAUGCUCAUGGUAUAAUGACGGAGGGUAUUUAUCGUCAAAGCGGAUCCAACAGCGCUGUUGUCAAAUUAUUGCAAGCGUUCCGUCGAGACGCAUGGGCGACGCAGAUCACAAGGGAAGCCUAUACGGAGCACGACGUGGCCACGGUUCUCAGAAGGUUUCUCCGUGAUUUACCGAAUCCAUUGUUUCCUGCCAACAUUCACGAUCGGCUUUGUUUUACCUCAGAAAGCAACAAUGAAGACGACAGAGUUUCAACCUACAGAAAACUGUUGACCACCCUGAGUCCUAUUCCAGCAGCAACGCUCAGAAGGGUUCUUGCUCACCUGCAUUGUUUGAGUCAGCAAAGUUCCAGAAACCUGAUGACCUGUGAAAAUCUUUCCGCUAUUUGGGGACCGACGUUGAUGCACGCCGGCGAAAACAGCGCCGAAGAAUGGAACAGAGCGGAAACCAGAGUGAUCGGUGAUCUCAUCAAACUGUAUCCGAAGCUGUAUCAAUUAACCGCCGCCGAUAUGGCGAAAGAGGCGAAAAUUUUGGCGGUGUUGGAGAAGCAUCAUGUUUCUAAUAAUGGCCUACGUGGAGCACCCUCCGGAGAUCUCAAGAUUUGGAUAUAUAUUUUUUCGAGGGAGGGCGAGUGUGUGAAUGUCACUAUUGGGCCACAGAAAACUGCGUACGAUGUAUGUCGGGAGCUGGCAGAGAAAACAAGUUUAUCCGCUCAUGAAUUGUGUUUGGAAGAAUACACAUUGUCUGGCGCAUUAGAACGGCCACUGCAUCACACUGAGCGUGUCCUCGAAACAGUGGCGAGGUGGGGAUACUGGGAUCCAGACGAUAGGAAGGACAAUGUCCUCAUACUUAAAAAGGAUCAGCUGUUCAAGGAUAUAGUACCUUUGAUAACUCCGCCAAUGACAACGUCGGGUGAACUUAAGUUCGCUGAUAGGAAAUCGAAAAAUUUUAAAAACUACCUCUUUGAGUUCAGUCAAGCGAAGCUUUACUGUUACAAAGACAAAUUCUGUUCGAAUAAAUUGUGCGAAUGGAAAAUAGAAGAUAUCAUUUGGUAUUUAGGUCAUGAGCCAAAACGAAAUCCACAGACAGGAUGGUCUAUCACCUUUAUAGCAAAAAAUAAAAAACCAACGAGGUGUAAAGAAAGUCCGUUUUUUGGGAAUACUUUAGCUGGGUCGUUAAAAGAUGAGCAAUACAAAUGGUUAGCAGCUAUGACCUUUGGAGAAUAUCAGUUAAAUCUCCGGCCUCCUUCAGUCAAUCUUAUGGAACCAUAAAUGAUUAAUUUAUUUUUAUAAGCCGCAGUAUUUAGUGCCUUCAACGUUUAUAACAAUUAUUUUUGUACCAUAAUUAAAUGUUUUUGAUGCAUUGCCUGUGCUUGCCCCAAUUCAAGUCACGAAUUCAAUAUUUUUAUACAAUAAUUUGUGUAUCUGUAUCAUAAUAAAUAAAUGGUAUCGUUGAGAAA